CCUUCUCAUUUACGAUUCGAAAAUUCCAGCAGAGUUUUGGUCUUCUUUUCAUUACACUAAUAUUGGGAGUCUUCGACACCGAUAUGGCAAAAACUUUAUUAUUUCUCGCGACAGUAGUGCUGGCGGUUGGCUGGGUCGUCAAAGCGCAGGAAUACAACGAGUACGAUCCCUCAGCUGUCACGCCUGGCAGCAUCCCCAACUUCCCGUUCCGCAACUGCAACACCACCAACGGCGCGUACCGGCUGGCACCGGUGUGGCGGCCUUCGGGCAGCAACACGUACUGCUUUAAGAUCCAGGUCAGCCAGGAUGCCCUGUCCUGCACUGGCGCCUGCUGCAGCGCCGACUUGCACAAAAUUGAGUUUAACGUGUCCAGCAGCUGCCUGGUGGCCGGGGCUUCAGUUGUCGCCACCGUGAAUGGAGUGCGGACCCGGGUUGGUGCGGCCCUGGACAAGGCCCCGGCUGGGCCUGUUGGCUCCGCCGUUCUGCGGCUCACCCAGCUGGGGCUGGACACCACGACCGCCCAGGAUGCGGAGGUGUGCCUCACCCUCAAGACCAACCGCGGAGGCCAGGGCUGCACCACCCUGGAGCAACUGUGCUCGUCGCCAGGCUUCCCCGCAGGGACAUGCACAGCAGCUAUGUUCGAUGUCGCGUGUGAUUGCUGCCCGGUUUCUCAAGCUGGUCAGGCCCUCCCGCCGCCGCCACCAGUUAUUCCGCCGGUCUUCCGGCCUUGUGACGUCUGCAUCGCCGCGACCAUUGUGCCCCCGGCCAUUGAUGUGCGACCAUACCGCUACGACAGCGCCACCUGCGCCGCCAUUCAGCAGAACAUCGCCAACAUCAUGAACUCUCUCCUGGGAGCCGCCAACGUCGGCGCCUUCUCACCUUUCGCGCCAAAUGCAAGCCAGUGCUUUGACACACAAAUCAUUACAUGUGGCAGGUUCAACGGUUCGGACAGUGAUGCGUUGGCCCUUCUGACGGAAGCGGUGCAGCAGCAGCUUUCCAACUUCAUCGAAAUUGCGUCUGGCGGCAACGUCUGCAAUCCAAAGUUGGAGAAAUACACGGUGACGGUCUCCACCAUCAACAAUGUGGCAGAUCAGUGCCUUUCCCUCUCGCAGUCGACUAGUUGCUUCCUGCCUGGCGUUCCAUUCCCCAACUGCACGUGCAACACAACUCAGGGAGUCAUGCCGUUCGUAGUCUCCCCCACCUGGUAUGCACAGCCGGCCAAUGCCCACUGGGGCCGCAACGUCACUGAGUACUGCUUCACCGUCAACACGCUACCGCCAAGUCAGGUCGUGCCGAGCUCCUGCUAUGAUCCGAACGACGCCCUUGCCAAGAUCGAGUUUUAUGCUCAUGACAUGUACAGGCCGGCGGUGAAGGGCUUCUCAGUUUACCCCGCCACGAAUUCGACGACGAGCAGGACAUUCAUCUCAGACAGCUGGGGCGCACUAGGAGUCGACACACUGAAAGUGUCACUCAACUGGACCGGCGAGCAAGCCAACGGAGGCUUGGUGUGCGUGGCGAUUCAGAACCCCAUCACCAUGAGCGAUGUGUGCAAGGGGGGAAUUGGCCAGCAGUGCUACGUCAGCAUCUUCAACAGGGACAACUCAGACUACUGCUGCCCCAUCUACCGCACGGGGCCUUGACGGGUGCACGAGCAUGAUGGGUGACAGCCGGCAGCUGCAGGUGUUGUUGCGCACUCAGAACCGAGGUCCAGCUGCCGGCUCCAUGUGGUGCAAUGACGAGGCACGCUCUGAUGAUGAAAUCAAACCUGGACUAAGGUGCAUGGGUGGGUCUUACAUGUAAGGAGCAAGGGGUGGAGUUGCCAACAGCUAGGGAGACGUCAGCUGCCCUGCGGCCCCGGUGCUGGUCCCCUGGCCCACGUGGGUACGUCCAAAAGCGCGGAAUUGCAGUACAUGGAUCUGCAAAAUGCUGUUGUAGGCAAUCCCCAUGGUGCGGUAUGAGACUUUUGAGUUGUGACAGCCGAUGUCACUAUUAUAAGUUUUUUGGAGGUGAUGAGCUCAGUUACAUAGAAAGUAACAAAAGUUUGCCCUCUUUAGGAAAGCGGCAGGCAUUUGCCAGGAUACAUGUAGGACUGAUGGCAAUGUGAGCACGCAAGCGGAAAAUCCCCCCCAUGCGGGCUGGCCGUCAGCCUGCCUGUAUACGGCAUCCCCUGCAUGCGCAUUUGACGGCGUUCCAUUUCUUAUUAGGCAAGUGUAGAGGUGUGGGCUGGUGGUGUACAUGUCACUCUUACAUCGCCAGCAGCAGUGCGUGUGGGUCGAUUGAUUUGUUCCAGAGGUGCUCCAAAAGACCUCCCUUUUCCCUUGAAGAUUGGAGAGGUCUUCCUAGGUCCUACAUCAGACGCAAACGAUUGCCGAUUUGUAUUUCGUUACGAGCCUAUUUAGGCCAUUCCUUGCAUGCACGUCCUAACUAAGCCAUCAAGCUGGCCACGCACCCGAGCGAGCGCGCAUUCAACAAGUUAAACAGGCACAGGGUUCGCGUCACACAAUGGCAUGCUGUUAUUAAUGUCUCGCGUUGAUUGAUUGAUGUGAUGUCACUGGCCCGGGCCCAGCCCGGACCGGGCCGAUGUGCGAUUCUGUAGUGAUGGCCAGGCGGAGGUUGGCUCGUUCCUUACGUUGCCUUAAAGCAAUGACAUACAGGAUUAAAACGGGGUAUUUGUCCUGCAGGCGUCGUUGAAGGAAUUUUCGGCGUACGUGCCUAUUCAGACAAGUGAACCACGCAGCAAAUAGCAGCCGGGCCCGUGGCUGGGUUUUUGUCGCGAAUGAAAAGCGAUGUUGGCAGAAGACGAGCAUCUGCCAUGCAUGGACCAGCCAGCCAUCUAACAUGCAUAUGUGAAUUGCCCACAUAUGCCGCUAUGCAAGCGCAAUCUGCCGUGGACGUUUGAGUAUGGAUUUGGCUUGGAUGGACGCUGAUUCGCUCUUCCCUUAGGCGAGGCAGGAGGGUAAAAUAAGUAAUGGAGCCCGGCUACAGCUGGUUCAUCCAGACGCCGUAUUUUGAUUUUCAUCGACGGCCAGUCGCUUAGAAUAUUAGCUUUUGCUUGUAAUGGGUCGCCGUUCAGCAGUUCGUGCAUCCCGUACAUGACUGAUUCUGUGCCGACUUGUGGGGAUGCCAUGCCGUAUACGACAUGCAAAGUCCUUCAGGCUCGGCCGAGUUCGUUUCGUACGGAUGUUGUGUGCUGGGACCGGGGUGAUGGUGGUGCGCGAGAAACAAAGCUCGCCGUAGAACCGUAGCUGGCUGUAAGGAACCCACUGGCCACG